AUGUGGUUCCUGGAAAAGCUCAGAGCAUCGCAUGAAAAUGGGAACCUCCCGAGCUCGCUCUUCCUGGGGCUGCCACACGGCCAAACCCUGCCCGACAAAGCCCGGCUGGGAGCUGCUGCCUUUCCCAACGUGCUCACCCCUGACAGGAUCCCCGAGUUCUGCAUCCCCCCGAGGCUGACCAGCUCUGCCCCCGCCAAGGGCUCUGCUUUCCACCAGGAUCGCGGUCCAGAGGAUGCUGCUCCUGCUUCUUUUGACUCUAGCUCCACCUCUUCUUUGCCACAUCUCAUUCAGGUGGAAAGUGCCGAGGAGAUUGUAGCCCUGGAGGAAGAGUGCACCAACUCAGAUCCACAGUCCCAAGCAGCACUUUCCCUGCCACACUUUCCCAGAGCUCCCACUUCCUACGGGUUCUGCACCUUGCUGGAGAGUCCCCACACCAGGAGAAAGGAGUCUAUCUUCCACGGAGACCCCCACGGUGCUCUGCCCGGCCUGGUGCUGUCUCGGGCCAGAGCCAACACCUUCAGUGGCAAAGGGAGUGUGUCAAAUCCCAUUGCUGUCAGCUUCGCCUCCGUGAGGCUGCCCCCCAAGCCUCCCUCUCUGCAGAGACAAGGUGCCUGUGACAGUGACACUGCCUCCUCCAGCGAUUCCUCUCCCUUCAGUUCUCCACUUCUCAGCAGGUCACCUCCCAGGCCCUGCUCCCUGAUGAAAGCACAGAGCCAGGAGGGACUGCUGUGCCGAGCGCUGAAAGCCAAGAACAAAUCCAGUGUGGCCAGGAACAAUUCUCUGUCCACAGAGGAGAGCAGCUCCACUGAUAACAGCCCCAGUGCCAUCAGGAGAGCCUCGGAGGGGCUGCUGGCCACACGGAACUUUAGCUCGUCCUGUUCCCCCCUCUUCCCUCUGGACCUGAGCCGCAGCCGGGAGAGGCUGGUGGGGGAGAGCACGGUGGUGCUGGGCAGGGGGGGCAGGCUGAGGCUCUCAGCAGAGUACUGCUCCGAGAACGAGAGGCUGCGGAUCCGUCUGAUCAGCGCCGAGGGGCUCUAUGACCGCUCCGUGGAGCCCAAGAACAUUAACUGCUGCAUCAGCUUCUCCCUAGUGCCCGGGAAGACACAGAAGCAGAGGAGCACUGUUAUAAAGAGGAGCAGAAAUCCCAUCUUCAACGAGGACUUCUUUUUUGAUAGCAUCGCCGAGGAGGAGCUGUGCAGCCUCUCUGUGAGGAUGAAAGCAACAAACAAAGGGUGCAGUAUGAGACGUGAUUAUACCCUGGGAGAGCGGGAGUUGUCUUUAAUGAGUAUGUUGGCAGUGUGA